AAAGAAAGAGGACACAUACAGGUUACACAUACGUAAGAUGUAACAUUGUGUGUGUGUGUGUGUGUUCGCCCAUAGCCGGUUAAUAUCAGCACCGAGCGAGUUGCCUACCUGAUGCCCCCGAGAACGCGAGCUCGAACAAGUCACGUGGUCUGUUGAACGCGAAGGAUGUUUCUGGGAUCGUGAAGUCAGUAUUCGACGGGCUGUUCUCCGAGCUGGAGGAAAAGAGAGGACGGAGGUGAACGAGAACUUAUGAUCUUACGAAGACUCCCUUGUGGAAACAGGCAAACAGAGACGGAGAGAGGACUUUGAAGAGUAGUAGUAGUAGUGCAGUAGUAGGGAGGAAGGAGGGAGGAUAUCUUGCGAAGGAAGCCGCUCUCGCUCGUUGUUGGAUACCGCAACACUUUCCUACUGAUAUGCGUUAACCGACAACGGGGAUACUUUUUUGAAAGUUCUUUUUCUGCGGUUUUCUUUUCUUUCUUCCUGUUGCGUGAAUUAUUUGUCAAACGACUUCGUAAGAUUCCACAUCAGUUUGUGUAUCGUAUCCCGAUACAACACCUUUUCGUUUAAUACUUGUGAUAAAAUGGAUAAAGAAAUUUUUUAGUGACUCUAUUGAAUAUAUAUUACUCGACGAAAAAUAGAAUACGAAUCUGAUCCGAUCGAUUAGAAAAUUCUUCGUCUGACGGAGAGAAGGAACUGUGUUUAAAAGAGAGAGAGAGGGAGAGGGAGAGAGAAAAUAUAAAAGAAGGACGAAGAGAUUUCCAGGUAAGAAAAAAGAAUAAAGGAUCGAGAGUGGAAUAUUAAAGGAGAGAAAAAGAGAAAGAGAAAAGGAAUCGAGAAUAAUACAAGUCUAUGGGUUCGAGAGAGAUCUCUGGAUGCUUGUUGAACUAAAAGAAUCCUAUAUUUCUUUCUUUUGCUUGUAUUUUGGUUUCAAAAAUAAAACCUCGUAACGUACGAAAAGACGGGAAAAAGAAAAAAAGGUUCAAAAGGUUUAUCUCGAAUGAUUUCCUGGUAACUAUUUAUAUCGCAUCAAGUCGAUGACGCAUCUCAAAGAAUCGAAGUUACGACGCAACGGCGUGUGCUACGAGAUUCCUCGUAGAUACGAAGAAGUCCGAGAAUGUGUGUAACGACGAAGAAAACAUCGUAAGCAUGUUUUGCUACAACGAGAAGGAUUGAGAAUACCUUGCAUGCUAACGUUACAUUGCGAAAGAAAUAAAGAAAUAAAAGAAGGUACGAUGUAAAUAGUUGCUUUGUGAUAAACCAUAUCUAUUUCUCGUUAUUACGAGAAUAGUCGAGUUUUAUUUGAUAAGAAAAGAUUUUAAAUUUGGAUAUUUAACGAUAGUCCAAGUAAGAUGCAGUUAGCAGCAACACAAAGACCUCAUCCACCACCAGUACCACCUAGACCAAGUCGGCAGGUGGUAGCCGAAGCACUGAAAAGAUCACCCAGACCACCCUGUCCUACCAGACAGGCACCGCCACCUCCAAAUACCAAACCAUGGGGAUUUGAUCAGAAUGAUCAACAACAGCAGCAGCAGAAACAACAAGGAUGUCCAGGUGCUGGACGUACUAUAAUCUAUGAAUCCAUGAAAGCUGAAAGUCCAUUAAGUACCGGAACGAUUCAGCUUUAUGACAAGCAUCAGCAACAGCAACAAACUUACGUACCGAGUGAAAGGAACGACAAUAACAACGACGAACGUCGUGAAAAUCUACGAGAAAGGCGGCACCGUCAGCCUAUCCUCGAACAAAAUGAUAUUUCUAUGGAGUCGGUAGUCGUACGGGAGAAAAGAGGUGGCAGUGGAGGCGGUGGCGGAGGUGGAGGAAGAGGUGUAGAAAGAGCUCCUAUAGGGGAUCCUCGACCGGAGGGACAACGUCUAGAAAAUCGUGCCGAUUUCAAGGAUUUCAAAGAUCAAUCUAAUUCUCAAAGUCGACGAUCAUUUGGAAAAAUAGAUACUGACUUAUCUGGCAUCAAAGAUAUCAGAACAAUCAAUUUCAAAAUAUUGGAUAAGGAAGAUAAUGUGUUGGCAAUGACAAAAAAUCCAAUAAGAUCAAACGUUUCGUUCGAAGACGAACGUCAUUCAAGUUCAGAAACUAAGAUACCAGGUAUAGGAAGUAAUAAUGAUGUAGGAUUUAAAGGAAAACCAAGAAUCAGGCCUGAGAAAUCCUUGAACAUGGAGAAAGCGAUGAGCAAGUUUGAUGGGCGGCCGACGACCGCACGAAGAUCACCUGCUGCAAACCAAGAAUUUAUUGCUCUAUCUCGAAAAGAUUCUAAUUCCCACGAAUCUUAUAAUAAUAGUAAUAAUAACAAUAAUAAUAAUCAUAUUAAUAACAACAACACUACUACUAAUAAUAAUAAUGAUAAUGAUCGUAAUAAUGAUAAUGAUGAUAAUAAUGAUGAUGAUGAGUGUGAUAAACAAGACGAGAAAGAGUCGAGUAUAACAAAUGAGAAACAUGGAACAGUAGUCGUCGAGGAAUCUGAACAUGGUAAAGCUACGUACAACGACGAGGAAGAGGACAAUGACAACAACAUUCAUCGACAGGAUUGGCUCGAGGCCGGUGUCCGUUAUUCCUCUACGCAGAUCACUCUUCAAGGAGACGAAGAUGCCGACGGUCUCUCAUUUUCAUUUGUUGACGUUGAACACGUUAAUGGAUACGACGAUCGUCCCGAGGACGAACGCACCGUCGACCUUGACUUCGUCAGCAUACAGGAAAGGAUCGCGAUGUCUUCCCUGCAGGGGCUACCACCGUUGCCAAGAAGUCUCAGUGGAUUCAAUUUGAGCGGAGCUUCCGAGCCACCCCCACCACCUACGAGAUCAUCCAGUAAAUCGCAAAGAGGCGGGAAAACGUCCAUUCAAACUUCUACUUCGAGACCUUCUCCACCUGCGAGACAACUCACCACUUUGGAUACUCAGUUAGCGAUACUUAGAAGAGAAAUGUUUGGCCUACGACAAUUGGAUCUCUCUCUGCUUUCUCAACUUUGGUCCCUGAAUGAAUCAAUCCAAGAAUUUCGACAACUAUUACAGGAACAAGAAGAUAGAGCUCCAUCGCCGUCGCCAAGUAGCGAAGAAGGGGAUGAUACUUCUUAUGGUGUACAUCCACCACCAGCACCAAGAAGAUUAGCACCUGUGGUGCAUCAUCAUCGACCACCGAGGCCACCUAGACCACCAAGACCACCACCUAGCGACGAAUCACCAUCCAGCGAGGAAUACGGAGCCGUUUGACGGAGGAUUCUUUGUAAAAGAACGAAAAGAUCUCCGGUGUGUUCCACUAACUCUAUAGAGUUCCUGUAAAAGAGAAAAUCUGCACGAAAAGAAAGAAAGAAAAAAAGGGAAAAAGACGUUGAAAAUCCUUUUUUGAAGUUCUCUUUUUGUCUCUUUUUCUUUGUCGUUGAAAAAGAGUCUUGAUGAUAAACGAAAAGGGAUCUUAGUUGAAAUUCAAUUAAAGAUAAGCUAUUAUCGCCUCGAUCAAAGAGUCUAUAUCGUUUGUGAGAUUAAUUAUAUAAAAAAAAGAAUAAGAUUAAGAAGAAGAAGAAGAAGAAUGAAUGAAUGAAUGAAUGAAUGAAUAUCAUGAAAGCCAUGUGUUCAAGGCUGCCUACCUCUAAGCAUUACAUCGAUUUUAAACGUUUUAUUGAAAACGCGCCGCGUCGUGUGUUGUUCGUAUGAAGGGUGGAGUCAAUUAGUAAACAAAUUUUGUCCGUACGUCGGAAGGCACCCAUACGUGAUAGUCUGAUGUUAUGUACUGGACCGUUUUUCUCACUUAUUAUCCGAGAAGGUCUCCUCUAGAGUCACAUAUAUAGCCCAUGCUGAUCUAAAUCGCAGACAACGAUACUACUAUCUAUUUGAGCUAUUAGAUAAGAUAAAUAUUCUUCCCGCCGUUUUACGGUCAGUGUUGUUUUUAGGAGCCUUCGAAGAACGGCAAUGAUUUAUAUCAGUGGUUCCCAAAGUGGGCGAUGAAGUGAUUCAGGGGGGGGGGCGAUGAUGGCUACAGGCGCAUUUGGGAAGGAAAGAGGGCGAUGAAUUUUCUUUUUUAAGUUACUAAAAAAAAAGGAAAACCAAAACUUAGUUUUCAGGGGGGCGAUAAGUAAUAUUUUUUCUGGAAAGAGGGCGAAAGGACAAAAAAGUUUGGGAAUCACUGAUUUAUAUAGUAGCGCAGCAGAGAAAUUUGUUUUUGUACGAAUAGAUUUCUCUGCUUUGUCAUUAUCGUCAUCGUUGUCGUUGUCUAUGGUAGGAAAAAAAUCUAUCAUACGACACG